AUGUAUGGCGAUAGACAGAUGAUUAGAGGCACACGAUUAAACAUUGUCCAAUGUGAAUGUUAUAGUAGUCGCCACUUAAUUGGAAUUAUAAAACGUAAUAACGAUUAUGAUCCACCAGUCAUGCCUACAUCAGCUUGUUGUGGUGGUGAUGGUAUUAAUUAUCCUACGCAAGAAGCAGCAUGUACAAAUGGAACUUAUCCACUUCAUGGCGGUUAUUGUGGUGCAUGUUCAUCACAUCAAGAUAUUAAUAUUUUUAAUAUAACACGGAAUAAUAUGACAAAUAUUGCAACAAAAUGUGCUGUAAAAUAUGUUUUAUUUGGCAAAAAUUCAGCAAUUAGAUGUAUGAAUAAAACUGUUGCGUUAAGUAUUGAGUGUACUGAAUGUUGGGUAGAAAAUAUGGGAUGUGAUGCUGCGCACUGUAUGACUAAAUGUGCUAUUGAUCGCAUUUUGCAUGUUAAUAACACAAAACCGGAUGGUUCAUUAAAUGAUUGUUUGGCAUGUGAUGAAGGCUAUUGUGGUAAACCUUUUAUUGUGUGCUCUGGUGCAAAUCGUCGUCGUUCAGGCAUUAUGUCUGAUAUUGAUCGUCCACAAGAUACAAUCUGGAAACGUUACGCCUGCUAA